CAUCACUUCCCUUACACUUCUCUUGGUGUCAUCUCCAACCUCCAACGCAAAAAACAAAAUGGCUUCCCUAAAGCUUGCUCUCGCCGUUGCCUUCGCAGUUGUCGCUGUCGUUGCAUCCCUGCCCAAUGAUGGCUAUGGCAAGGAACCUGGCAUGCCCUACGACUUCGCCUACGCCGUGAAGGACGACUACAGCGGCAACGACUUCGGCCACAGCGAGAACUCAGACGGCAACGUAGUCACCGGCGAGUACUUCGUCCUCCUCCCCGACGGCCGCCGUCAGAUCGUGACUUACACUGCCGACCACAACACCGGCUACGUCGCUGAUGUCAGAUACGAAGGCGAGGCCACCUACCCUGCCCCAGCUCCCCAGGGUUACGGCCAGUAAUGGAGCCGCCCGAGAUACGACCACUCGCUUGCUCCGGCUGAUAAAGUCUACGGCAAAUUACGAUUCUCCUCACUUUGAUAUUCAAAUAGGCCUUGUCACGUCAAUGCAAUAACUUCAUCGUUUCUUAGUACGUUUUUGUUUUCGUUUUGUUUGCAAGCAACUGGAAGCACAUUGCCCACCGAGGGAGUCCUUCGUCUAUUGUUUUUAAACUCUGAAUGCUUCAUAUAUGUUUCAAUCCAAUGUUUCAGUGUUCGAAGCGAAAUUUCUGAUAGUUCUCCGAUUCAAUUUUGUUUUUAGGAUUUUUGUUUCUUACUCAAACUGCUUAUACGGAAACGUUAGUUCCUGUGCCAUUCUCUCCUAAUCCCUGCAUGCUCUUAAAAACGACUGUAAAUAACGAAUGGGAAUAUUGUAGCAUUCUACUACACUCUGAUUCUACAAGCACUUUAUUUGCAAUAUCAGAAAUAUUUUAAGUCUGUUACCCAUUGCAUUACUUCAAAACUGUAUCUCCUACAAUAUGCUAUUUUCGACAUAUGUAUAUGAACUUUGUGUAUAUACCAAAAUUGAAUUAUUUUCCACCAGUCAAGUGACUGGCUAGUCACAUCAAAUACCUAUUCUACCAGACCAGCCUGCUGAGGCUUUAUAUACAGAUUUGAAUAAAUCUAAUAG